UCCAAUUGCUUUUUUAUGACUAAUUUAUUUGGAAUUGAGGAUUUCCAUUUUCCUCAUGUAUUUUAUUAAAACCGGCACAACCGGCAUGAAUACUGGUUGUACCACGAUCAGACCAUUCCACUUACAAAAUCGGCACACCGGCAUAAACCGGUUUGACAACCUUGGUACCCACUCUUUAUGUUUUAAAUAAUAAAGAAUUAGACCAGGGAACACUAUCGGAAUGAAGUUCAUAGGGUUGUUCAGACAUAUCACAGGCUAUGCCAAAAGGGGUGUGGAUGGGUUCAACUUCAACGGGAAGCGAGGGGAGAUGCACGACCUCAAGUGAACAUAAGGGAACUUGUUCCUUUUGGCAUUACCAUCCAUAAUGAUAUGAUACAUCCGCACAAGUUGGAAUCACAAAGAUCUUCUUGUUCUGGUAAGGAAUGAGGACCGGAGCUGGCUUAAUUCGGUGUGAAAUCGCAGCAGGGUAGCCGCCGAUUGUUGAGAUUGUGAUGAGGAUGAGGAGCGCCGCUGAGAUCACAGAAGAACAAGUCUCUGGCCUUAGGGAAUUCUGCUGACGGCCAAAAGCGUAGAGCUUUGAUUCUACCAUGCCCACGGCGCAUGCGAAAGGGGCGGCGGCGCUUAGCAAUUGACCAGUUUCGCAUGCGAGAAGAGAUAUUGUCGUCUGUUCAGGAUCAAUUGCAACAUCCCACCAGCACGCUGGAUCCUUGUUGUUCUGCAUCCCGAUGUGAUUCUUCUUCUGAAACGACGGCAGUAGGAAUUGAAGUGACAACAGGGAAACUUCAUCCUCGCCACCCGGAAGGAACCCUUCAUGUUACCCAGUAAGUCAACGGAUAGGAGCAUACUCCAGUGUUCAGUUGGCCACAAGAGGCCGAUGAGUCGGUAGCUUUCUCUGUAGUGGGCAAGCGGAGCAUUCACCUUUCUGGGUACAUUGCGACUGAAGAAAGAGAUUAUCUUCCUGAUGGGUAUGAGUCGUAUCCUUCUGAUUCGUGCAUCAUUAAAGCUUUGUUGUGGGACGAAUCUGUGAAAGAAACCGUUUAGUGUCUGUCUGAGCAUGUGUGCUGUUGUUGUUCGUCCAUAAUUUGAUAUCAGUGAUACAAGAGAGGAUAUAGGGGAUGCAGAAUCAGAUGAUGAAUCCAGUGAAUUUGGUUGUCAUGAUGAUGAGGAUGCCAAUUGUGAUUUCAACAUGUUCCAUUCUUCUCCUGUCACAGAUAGUGGAGGUAUGGUUUUUCUUUUGGUUAACAAACCACUUGGUUGACUGUGCUCGACCUUCAGAAGGGGGGAAUUUGGACUUGUGGCGUGAUUUUGACUUCCAAUAUAGUUGUGAUUGAGGAGAUAGAAGGUAUGAACUUUAAUGUGUCUCUAAUGUAACCUAUACUUUCUUCCAUUUCCUCUUUAGCUAGAACAGGAAAAAUGAAUGUUGCCAAUAUUUUAUGAUAUCUGUGAAGGGAAAUUGAGGUCGAUGAAGGAAGUGCACCCAUCAAAAGUGCUUCUAAGAAGAAAAAGAACAAGAAACAUGUUCCAGGGGUGACGUCAGAUAGAGCAAAGUCUUCCUUUGAUUCUGAUCAGAAGCAAUCUGCUUCAGAGCCUCUACCCUUAAGAAUGGACUGGUCAUUGAGGAUUUAGCUUAUGGAAAACCAGAUGGUGAAAUAGAUUCUCCCGAAUAUCUGGUACGCUUUUCUUAAACCAAGUCUAUCUUUCCUAACACGCCAAAGACCAAGUUGUUGAUUCUGGCAGUAUUUUUCUGGGAUGGCCAUGCCUUGGUCAACAGGUCUGGAUUUACUAUACCGGCAGGCUACAGAAGGAUGGCACGAUUUUUUAUUAUAACCAUGGAAUUGGAUUUAGAUUCCUGCUAGGUACCUCGAAAUCUCUUAUAUAUGGGACACAUGCAUAAACUGUUUAGGUAAACCUCAUUCUUAAACUAUCUUUCCUUUCCACAUGGUGCAGGAAUGGGGCAAGUCAUUAAAAGGAAUUGAUAUCGGUAUGAAAGGUAGAUCACUUCAAAGCUUAUUGUUAUUUGAUCACAAGCUCCUAGCUGGUUGAAUCUCAAGUUGCUAUGCUCAUGAGUUGUUUCUGAAUCUCUCAGGCAUGAGAAUUGGGGACAAAAGAAGAAUCACGAUCCCUCCUAAACUGCGGUAAAUCAUAAAUCCCUGCUUCUUGAAUCUUGCUCGUUAUCUUGAACAAUGUUGGGACUUCUUUAAGUGCUGCAUGCUGCUCUCCAAGCCGUGAGACAACUGACAUUGUUUAGUAAUGUGGUCUCUGUGUGCAGCUAAGCUAUGGACCUAAAGGUGCUGGAAACAUGAUACCGCCAAACGCGUGGCUCGUAUUCGACGUGGAGUUGAUGGUUAUCCUGUGAUCGAGAUGGACAAAGUGUUUUGGUCGUUGUUCAUAGCUGUCGAUUUGGUAUGGCGAGGAUUCAGGGCGGCGGUUGAUGGGAUUGUUUCGUCCAGCUUUUGAGUUAGCUACAACUGUUUCUAACGAGUAAAGACUAGGAACUAUAUAACAUAGAUCUCGAGAACUUGGGUUUUGGAUAGCGAGAGACUGCCUCAAAUAUUUUGUAGUAUUGAGAUCCAUCCCAUCAUAUCUCUCUUGAUUCAUAGUUGGAUUGGAGGGAAGAGUUUGUGGACAGAAAAUAUUUGAAUCUCUAUGCGAUUGUUAUUAUAAGUUUGCUUGUUGUCGACAUCAAACUUCAAUGAUUCUAUAUUAAUAUCUCUCGUGGAAAUGUUAGAAAAAGAAUCAAUGUAUCUUUUAACAGAACGGUAAGAGAUUGAGAAUUGUAAAAUUAUAUCGGAGGUUAUGCUAAUUGCUUAAACUAUGGUUCAACAAUAGCAUACCGCUAAAAUCAUUUACCAUCUUAAACUCUAAUAAAGAAUUUUUUCAAUC